CCCGCCCACCGCUCCGCCCCUCACACACCCAGCAGGCGGGAAGGCGUUAGCCUGGCAGCGCCUCACACUCAGCGACCGACCGACCGAGCAAGUGACCGAGCCAGCCAGAGCCGAGCACCCGGGGCACAGCCUCGCUCUCCCUCCCUCCCUCCCGCCGACUGACACCGCAGCUCCCGCCGGAGACCCGCCCUCGCACUCUCUCUCUCUCCAAGCCAGCAGGAAACAUGGCGGCUGCGCCAGGGGCCUCGUCUAACCCCGGGGGUGGACCGGAGAUGGUCCGCGGACAGGCGUUCGACGUGGGUCCGAGAUACACCAACCUCUCCUACAUCGGGGAGGGGGCCUACGGCAUGGUGUGUUCGGCUUACGACAAUGUCAACAAAGUACGAGUUGCCAUCAAGAAAAUCAGCCCAUUUGAGCAUCAAACAUACUGCCAGAGAACACUGAGGGAGAUCAAAAUCUUGUUGCGUUUUAAGCAUGAGAAUAUUAUUGGAAUCAAUGACAUUAUCCGGGCUCCAACUAUCGAGGCGAUGAAAGAUGUGUACAUUGUUCAGGACCUCAUGGAGACAGAUCUUUACAAGCUUCUUAAGACACAGCACCUUAGCAACGACCACAUCUGUUAUUUUCUCUACCAGAUCCUGAGAGGACUGAAGUACAUCCAUUCAGCCAAUGUUCUGCAUCGUGACUUGAAACCUUCAAACUUACUGCUUAACACUACCUGUGAUCUCAAGAUUUGUGAUUUUGGGCUAGCCCGUGUUGCUGACCCAGAUCAUGAUCACACUGGUUUUCUGACAGAGUAUGUUGCCACUCGCUGGUACAGAGCUCCUGAGAUCAUGUUGAAUUCCAAGGGUUACACCAAGUCAAUUGAUAUUUGGUCUGUUGGCUGCAUUCUGGCUGAGAUGCUUUCCAACCGACCCAUAUUCCCUGGGAAACAUUAUCUUGAUCAGCUCAAUCAUAUUCUUGGCAUUCUUGGAUCUCCCUCACAAGAGGACCUCAAUUGUAUAAUCAAUUUGAAAGCUAGAAACUAUUUGCUUUCUCUACCGCACAAAAAUAAGGUGCCAUGGAAUAGACUGUUUCCUAAUGCAGAUCCCAAAGCCUUGGAUUUGUUGGAUAAAAUGUUGACCUUCAAUCCCCACAAAAGAAUUGAAGUAGAAGCUGCUUUGGCUCACCCUUAUCUGGAGCAGUAUUAUGACCCAAGUGAUGAGCCUGUAGCUGAAGCACCAUUUAAAUUUGAAAUGGAGUUGGAUGAUUUGCCCAAGGAGACGCUGAAAGAGCUUAUUUUUGAAGAAACUGCUAGAUUCCAGCCAGGAUACUGACCAUAAUCUGAGCACAGGUAAAGGCUGUGAAGGACUUCGCACUCUCAGACAUCUGUGUUCUUGCCAGUUCUUCCUCGUUGGCCAUGUCCUGUGACCCAUCUCAGCUUGUCCAGUCUAACUCCUUUGAGCCAUUAAGGAGAGGCGGUUCCUGGUAGUUGUGGCUUUUUUAUGCUUCUGAUGAAUUCUUUUGGUCUGGAGAAUUGUUCUUGACACUCCUUUCGUAAAGCCCUGUUGCAGCGUUGUGCAGCAAGUACACACCUGAUGAGACCUUCAUUAACCGCUUGUACAUUUAUAAUAUACUUUUUUUUUUUAAGAUGCAGUUGUUUCUUUCUCUUUAUCUGGACAAAGUGUCCUGACUUUCAUGGGCUUUACAUAUUGUGUUUUAAACCACAUGUUUCUGAUGAGUGUGGUAACUGGCAUUGUAAUUUUUUUUUUUUUUAAACUUAUUAUUUGGGAGAGUAAUUUCUCUGGGCACUUUAAAUCAAUGAAAAAGCCCUAUUUACUUGCACAUAUCUUUUUAAACAGUUGCAGUGGGAUGCUUUUGAAAUUCUGAUGGAGAUCAUGAAAUUACGGUUACCGAUUUUCUCUAACACUUAGCAGAGCUUUUCAAGCCAUGUCUAACAACCUGUGUGGUUAAGGGACCCUGUAGGAUAAGUUAUAUUCCCCCUGUAGACAAGUCUGUAUGUACGUGUAUGCAAAAGUCAAACUAUCGAUGAAAAAUUUAGCAUUUACACAGAAAUAUCUUGGGGGCGUUCGUCUGUGCUAUACACCAACCUAUUUAGGUCUGAGUGUUCCAUGCAUGGAAACUGAAAUUUUAUAGGGCAGAGGAAUAUACAGCAGGUGAAACCAAAACGUUUUAACUAACUUUGGGCAUAAUAAUGAGACUGAAUAUUUUCACUUCUGGGCUACCAUGCAGCUUAUUUUUAGAACUAUAUCAUGUUCUUUUCAAUCAGUGGAACAUCCAUAUUAUACACAAACACAUGGAAAUAGAGCGACACUGUUGUGUAUUUCUCUGGACUGUAGGGAAAGUUUUAGAUUAUAUUUCACAUACUUCAUUUUUUAAGAAUCUAUUUCUUUGAAACCCACAGUGCUGUAAAGUUUUUUGUUUUUUUUUGUUUUUGUUUUUUGAGAUUUAAAUCCCAUUCCUCAUGUUAGAGCAAGCAUCCAAGCUAGCACUAAACACUUAUUUUACCCUGUAAACCUUUCUUUACAAAGUAUUUGUUCCUGGAGUUGUAUAAUGUGGAGCUUAUUAGAUGUCAUGUCUCUGUGGAGUGCCUCUCUACCUUUUCCUCAUUGCCCUCUUUGGUGGAAGAUAUGCCUUGUUUAAAAUUGCCGUGCCCUCGCAUGACUGUUAAGCUUUUCUGUGCAAUGAUAAUUGUCUUAAGUGCCACAUGCCUAUGAUUGAUGAUACAAGAAGAUUUGUUACCUCUAAAUUGUUCAUAUGAAAUGUUAUCCCAUAAUCUACGUGAGGAUGAAACAGCUCUAUUUUAAACCUUUCUUUUUUCCUUUCUCCCCGAACCCCAUGUCUGCUUUCCUUUUAUUGUGGCAGAACUAUGUCUAAACUGCCUAGGAACAUGAACAAAAAAUGCACUUGUAAUUGAUAAAAAUAAAUUGAAAAAUUCUCUUCAUUAACUUAAUAUAUUUUUAUUUUUUGACGCAGCAUAGAUAUGGACACUUAUGUGACUAAUUUCUUAAUAUAACGAGCGAAACAUAGGUAACCUUGUGAGUAGGUUUACCACAUGAUCAUGUACACUGAACAAGUUACCAUACUAACUACCUUUUAGUGUCCUUAAUAUUUGUAUUUACUAAAGAGCUGUCCACUGUGGCUUUUUGCAUACUUGCAUGUCAAAAGAUUUUCUUUCUGUAAUGUGCUGGUCUGCUUUAUUAUUGACUGGUUGAACACAACCCAACGCAUGAGAGCUGCUGUUCAGCUUGGGUAUCUGCAAACUAGGUAUGUAAAGCCAGCAUUCCUUUUCUUUUUAUUAAGACUUUAAUCUUUUGAGGAAAUACAAACUGUGCUAUAAUGCCAAGGGAUGUAUAAAUUCCACUUUUCAAUCCCAAUAUUAAGUAUACCCAGCCACUACAUAGUCCUGACCUCAUUCCCCAUAGUGUUUUUCUUUUCAGCUUAUAAUGUACUUCUGAAAAGUUCAGACUGCUCAAUCCAGAAAUCUAUAGAUAUCCCAUAAUUUCACACUACGCAUAAUUCCAGAGAAUGAACAAAAAAUGCAGGCUUGUUGCUUUUCUCCAAGCCUAAUGCUAUUUGUUUCAUUCAUUUUUUUCGCAACUUUAUAACAAAAACUAUUUAAAAUCCUUUCUAUAACUGUGCGUUUGGUAUUUGCCAUUUUUAUAAUUGUUAACAAUAGGAUCCAUUGCUGUCUCGUACUCCUUUUGGCUUGAUGGUUAUGCAUUACAACUGAUUUAAUGGAGAAGAACAGCAGAAUAUUAGGUACUUAGAGAAACUAACUUUAGGACCCUGGUGAUAACAUUGGGCCCAUGUGCAGUUCCAUAAACUUGGAUAAUUGGGGGUUGAGGGGUUUCUUUUUAAAUAUUCAAAUUAUUUCACCUGGCAUACCUUAAAUGGCAAAAUAAAACAAAAUGAACAUCUAUGCACUAACAUAUUCCAUUAUUUUCCUCUGAAUUCUCUUAAUCAUCUUGAUCACAUUGUCACAUGACUAUCAGGGAAAGCAGAAGCCAUAUUUAAACUCUGAAAGAAAUUUUCUUUCAUUCCUUGAACAAUGUCAUCUGAAAAUUCUUGAUUUGUAGUUCACGAGGUUAGGAUUUUACUGGUUUAAUUACAAACCCACUAUCAAGCAGAAGCAGGGUUUAUUACUCUAGUUUCUGUAUUGCAUGCUCAAUGGCCUGUGAUGGCAGCCAUCACUAUAGAACUGGACUUUUCUUAUCUGAGAGAAUUCUAAGUGUUUCAUUUUGACAGUAGGAUACAUGCGAUACAUAGACUUUCACUUUUCUGUUUAAAUUGGAGCAGGAAAAAUGCAUCUUUCAUUCCAAUCAAAGUAUUGCAGCAUUCAUGUAAUAAGUUUUCCAGGAGCAUUUAAACAGCAAAAAUUGCCUUUUUUUUUUUUUUUUUUAAUUAUUAUAAAUUACACUUACACGCACCUCAAAAGUUGUUUACCAUCUACUGUAUUUUGCUUCGUCAUUUCAGUUCUGCUCCAUUCCUGAAGUCUCAUUUUUAACCAGUUUAAUACUGUUUUGGUUGUAUGUUACAAAGAGGAAUAUUUGCCAUAGUUCGGAUCAGAAAUGGCGGAUGCAGAAACUAACGCUAAAAUUCUAAAGCUGCAAAUGUUUUUGGAAAUGCAACCAGUUGUCAAAUCUUUCCAGUCAUCGCCUUUUUGUGUUCAUAUAAAUGCACUCUUAACAGAUUACUUAAAGAGCUUUGUACUUGCUUUGUACUGUCGGUGCCUUUUUAGUCUUGUAUUCAAAAUGUGUGUAGCUAAUUAAGUAGGAUGUAAAGAUAAACUCUUCACGGUUCCAUGGGACUAUAAUUCAUUACCCUUAACUGAAGGGUUAAAGAUCCAGAUCCAUAUAGCCGUGAAUAAAUUAAACAAAAAAAGAUAUUAAAAUAUUUUAUAACAAAUUGUAUGUUCCUUUAAAGUGUAUUGUAACAGCUAAUCAUGUAUUUUAUUGUGAGGUAUGUAACCUGGUUAAUCAAGUUAAGAUAAAACUGUAAGAGAUUUAUCAUUUUUUUUUUUUUUUUAUGUUCUAUUGAUGUAUUUAACUUUUUCCUCAAUCGGUUGAAUGUUCUAUAUUUCUGGCUUAAACUUGUAAAAAAAGAAAACCCAACAUAAAUCUUGUAAGACAAAACAAAAUGCAGAUUAAAUCAUUAAAUUGUA